AGGCCGCUGCAGGUUUGCCUGCACCUGGAGUCACUGCCUCAGCCUCCUCUCACCUCACCCUGGCUGCCGCCUGCACCGCACUCAGGGGUACAGGCUUGAUACUCCUCCACCUGCUGUCCAGCACUCCACCACUUACCUGCUGUGCAGUCUUGAGCAAGCGGCUUUCCCUUUUAGGGGCUGCCAGUUUGCGUGACCUCACCCAUGUCGCACCGAGAGAGCUGGAGACAGCAGAGGGGUCAGCUGGUGGACAGCCUUGGCAAGUGGCCACGCGGGCUGAAACCCAGGGAUGAGAGUGCCCAGGAGAGAUGUGAGCCCUGUGACGUGUCGCUGAAGCAGGCCCCCCACCCCAGGCCCAGCAUGCGCCUGUCGGUGCGGAGGGCGCUGCUGGCAGCUGGCUGCGCCCUGGCCCUGGUGCUGGUGGUCCAGCUGGGCCAGCAGGUGCUGGAGUGCCGGGCAGUGCUGGCGGGCCCCCACGGCCCCCGGCGGGUCAUGCGGCCAGAGCAGGAAGACCUGGUGAUGGUGGGCAUGGACCACGUGGAGUACCGUUACGGCAAGGCCAUGCCGCUCAUCUUCGUGGGUGGCGUGCCCCGCAGCGGCACCACGCUGAUGCGCGCCAUGCUGGACGCCCACCCCGAGGUGCGCUGCGGCGAGGAGACCCGCAUCAUCCCCCGCGUGCUGGCCAUGCGCCAGGCCUGGUCCAAGUCCGGCCGGGAGAAGCUGCGGCUGGACGAGGCGGGCGUGACGGACGAGGUGCUGGACGCCGCCAUGCAGGCCUUCAUCCUGGAGGUGAUCGCCAAGCACGGCGAGCCGGCCCGCGUGCUCUGCAACAAGGACCCCUUCACGCUCAAGUCCUCCGUCUACCUGUCGCGCCUCUUCCCCAACUCCAAGUUCCUGCUGAUGGUGCGGGAUGGCCGGGCCUCCGUGCACUCCAUGAUCACUCGCAAGGUCACCAUCGCCGGCUUCGACCUCAGCAGCUACCGCGACUGCCUCACCAAGUGGAACAAGGCCAUCGAGGUCAUGUACGCGCAGUGCAUGGAGGUGGGCAGGGACAAGUGCCUGCCGGUGUACUACGAGCAGCUGGUGCUGCACCCCAGGCGCUCCCUCAAGCUCAUCCUCGACUUCCUGGGCAUCGCCUGGAGCGAUGCCGUCCUGCACCACGAGGACCUCAUCGGCAAGCCCGGCGGCGUCUCCCUAUCCAAGAUCGAGCGAUCCACAGACCAGGUCAUCAAGCCUGUGAACCUGGAAGCUCUGUCCAAGUGGACCGGCCACAUCCCCGGAGACGUGGUAAGGGACAUGGCCCAGAUCGCACCCAUGCUGGCUCGACUCGGCUAUGACCCCUAUGCAAACCCACCCAACUAUGGCAACCCUGACCCCAUCGUCAUCAACAACACACACCGGGUCUUGAAAGGAGACUAUAAAACACCAGCCAAUCUGAAAGGAUAUUUUCAGGUGAACCAGAACAGCACCUCCUCCCACCUAGGAAGCUCAUGAUUUCCAGAUCUCUGCAAGUGGCUUUGUUGCCAAGAAGAGAAGAGACUGCAUUCGAGUGGAAAUCGGACCUCUAAUCCAAGCAUAUUGCUUGCUAUUAAUCGCCCAAACAGGACUGCUAAUGAGGGAUGUAUUUGCAUAUGUUUGCAAAAGCUGAAUCAUCAAAAACUGACCUUGAACACUCUGUCCUUGGACACUCUGGGGUACAGAAGGGAGAGUGUGGAAGCAGUCUGGCUUUUGAAACUUAGGCAUUUUGUAUUUUUCCCCUGGAGAACUUUUUUUUAAGAAAUGGCUUUGCCAUUCUCCUUCAUUUGCAGGACUGUCUGGUGGCUUUGCUGCUGGGACAAGGCCCAUACCUGUGCCUCUCCUGUUGACCCUUACUUUUGAAUUCAAAGAAAUCUAUUUAAGAAUUUAAUAUAUGAGGCUUUCUUUGAUUCUUCCUCAGUUCUACUCCGUUUCACAGGAAAAAAAAAUUUGAAUAAAGUAAAAAGGGGCUCAUUUGUCUGUGCCUUACUUUAC